AUGGCAGCGGGCUUCUCUUGCAUGAACUCUUUGACUGUUAUUCAGGCAUCGCAGGGUCUGGCGAUGUACUUGAAGAAACACCAUGGUGAUAUUGCCUCCUAUGGCGUCGUCAUUGGCCAUGAUGCUCGCUACAAUUCCGCCAAGUUCGCCGCUCUGGCCGCAAAUGCUUUCAUCGCACAGAGGAUCCCGGUCUGGUUCUACUCCGAGCCUUCUGUUACGCCAACGGUGCCUUUCGGUGUAACCCAACUGCAUGCUGCUGCAGGCAUCAUGGUUACGGCAAGCCAUAAUCCAGCACAAGAUAAUGGUUACAAAGUCUAUUUCAAAAAUGGCGCCCAGAUCAAUACCCCCAUGGAUGUGGAGAUAGCUCGAUCUAUCGAGGAGAAUUUGACACCCUGGCCCAACGCUUGGAAAGACUUGCAGCCCGGUGAAUAUUUGCGCCCCAAGGCGUACGACAAUCUCCUGCCACACUACAACACAGCAGUAUGGCAAUACGCUGUGAGUCUAGAUGCAUUGUGCUUUGGUAACACAGGCUCACCCUUUUUGCAGACAUACACAGUGCGGGAAUGGAAGCAGCCACAGCCAUUUGUGUACACUCCUCUGCAUGGUGUAGGAGGCCUGGUAUUCCCCAGCUUGUGCCGUUCCGUUGGUAUCAAAGAUUUCACUGUCGUCCCAGAACAAGAAGAACCGAACCCCGACUUUCCCACGGUAGCUUUUCCCAAUCCCGAAGAGGUUGGAGCUUUGGAUCUGGCAAUGCGCACCGCGGAUCGGGAGGGCAGAGAACUGAUUAUCGCACAUGAUCCGGAUGCAGACCGCUUUGCGGCUGCUGAGAAGGUCAAUGGAUCGUGGUUCACUUUCACUGGAAACCAUUUGGGAGUACUGCUUGCAUCGCACUUGUUUGAUUCCUUGGAGACUAUCGACAGCGACACACGAAUCGCCGUGCUGAACUCGACCGUCUCGACGUGCAUGUUGGAGAAAAUGGCCAAGGCAAAGGGGAUGCAUUACGAGGAAGCAUUGACCGGUUUCAAGUGGAUGGGCAACAUCGCGCGAAGACUCGAAGAACUCGGCUACUAUGUUCCAUUCGCCUUUGAAGAAGCGCUUGGAUACAUGUUUCCGGAGGUGUGCUACGACAAGGACGGUAUUUCCGCCGCUAUGGUGUUCUUGCUAGCCCAAGCCAAAUGGAAUGCUCAAGGACUCACCCCAUAUACGAAGCUUCAGCAACUCUUCAAGGAACACGGGCACCACGAGACUCUCAACACCUACGUCCGAUCGACGGACCCAGAGCUCACCAUGGACCUAUUCCGAAAGAUCAGAUCUGGACAGUUCGGCGCCGGAAAGUCCUUUGGCUCCUUCAGCAUCCAGCGAUGGCGAGACCUGACGGAGGGUUACGACUCGGGAACCGAGGACCACACGCCCACACUUCCGGUUGAUAAGAGCACCCAGAUGCUGACACUAUGGCUGGAUCGGGAAGUCAGAUUCACCAUUCGUGCAUCGGGCACAGAACCCAAAGUCAAAAUCUAUAUUGAAAGCAGCGGAGCAUCGCAAGACCAAGCAGUCGAGGCUGUCCGUGACACAUUCCUGACCGUUAUCAAGGAAUGGGUUCAGCCUUUUGCUCCAGCCAUGACGUUCAGCGAGCAACAGGUUACAUCCUCGGGCACUAAGUUCCCGGUGAAAUAA